AUGUUACCGAAAUGUUUUCUGUUGGCCUUGCUUCUUUCGGCUUCCGUAGUAUUUGUGCAUGCCCAAGAUGAAACGAAUGAGGACCCGUUAGAGGCUGAGACCGAACAAAAUCCUGGAGAAACCCCAGACGAUGACACACCCAAAUUUUCGGCUUCGGAAGAUGCCGAAACGACAAUACUCUUCAUUUCUCCCGUAUUACCCCCGGAAACCUCAGUUGGUAUGUCCGAAGAACAGCCCUUGGAUGCAAAGUUGCUAAUGUUAUCCGGACUUCUUGUUUUUGAAGAACUUCCUGCUGGAAAGCCAGUUGAAAUCAUCGUUGGCUUCCACAAUAAAGCGAAUUACGAUUUCAUUAUUGAUUCCUUGGAUGCCUCGUUCCGCUUCCCGAUGGAUUACAAUUAUCAUAUGCAAAAUUUCUCGUCGUUGUCCUGCGAUUACACCAUCAAACCUGGACAGCAAGGAUCUUUUCUGUACGGAUUUGUACCUGCUGAAGCUUUCGGGUCCCGUUCUUACGGACUGAAUGUGCGGCUGACUUACCACGAUUUGAACGGCAAUUACUUCACAGAUGCCGUUUUCAAUCAAACCAUCCCCAUUGUGGAACUUGAUGAAGGCCUAGAUGGGGAGACCUUCUUCCUCUACCUGUUCCUUGGGGGUUUGCUGGUUCUUCUGGCAGUUGUUGGCUCCCACUUCCUAUCGUGGGGGAAAAAGAAGACUUUGGGAUCCAGCAAAUCAUCAAAGCCCCGCGCAGCCGUUGUUGAAACUGGUACAAAGAAAAGCGAUGAUAUUGACUUUGACUGGAUACCUAAGGAAGCAAUUCAGGAGAUGAAUCGUACACCAAAAACUCCUACUCGUAGUCCAAAAGCAAGAAAGGCCAAACAAGCUGCCAGCAGUGAUGAUGAAUGAUACUAAUGGUUUUCAACCAUUUCGUGUGCCCAUUCCAUGAAGCGUAAGAUUUCUAUGCUUUUUGCCUGUCAUGGUAAUUUUUAUAGUUUAUCCGCGAGUGUUCCUUUUGUAUGUUUGUCGCGAAUGUUGCUCAGCUUUGCGUGGUGAUGUUAUUUUCCUUGAUAUUCUUGAUGAAAGGGUGCGUUGUGAGAUGGUUAAUGAGCGUUGACUGCUGUAAGCAGGAUCUAUGGAAAAUUGAAAAGAUAUUUAUUUCUCCAAGAAAAUCUUAUAUCCGGUUAUUUCCAUGGACCAACUGAGGUCUGAGGGAUGGUGAUUUGUGAAUAUGCAUGAGGGUUGUUUGAAUACUCGUUCUCUGGUUGAAUUGCUUCAUUCGUUGAAAUUUGUUCUCUUUGUUCAUGUCUUUGAAUGAGCAGUAAUUGAGUUAACUGGAAAUGUGGUGUGACUGGAUUUCUCCAACACUUCAUUUUGAUUCCCCGGGAGAAAGUCUUGACUCAAUCCUCGUGCGUACCGUGAUAAUGGAACCCUUGACGAUUACGAGAUGAAUUGAACA